AUGCGAGCUAGAUUCGAUGCAAACAAGGACGAAAAAGACACUCGCAAGAGCCAGUAUCUUCUCGCUGAUGGAUGCCGGCAACUGUGGGAAAAACGUCACUUCAAACCCUUCCGAUACCCGUUGGAUCCGGGAGGCAGUAGCUACGAUCGCGAACGCGAAUCGCCUGAUGUGAUCUUGGACUCUGACCAUUGGACACUUCCUGAGCGCGAGCAGUUCCCAUAUUACUUCAAUAAACGUGAGCAGAGAAAACAGGAAUUGCUCAGUCACUGGACAAAGAUCGAGAAAGCUUGGGACGAUGAAAUCGCAGCCAUUCAGACGACUCUUCCCAAAGAAAAGUCCACGACCAAGGAAUUUUAG